GCUGCCCUAACCGAUGUUUGUAUUAGUGUAGGGAAAUGUCAUGACUGGACUUCGAACUAAUUUGUGAAUACAGAUUUGUUUAUUUACAUUGUAUGAACGUACAUCUGAGCAGAAUAGUUUUACUUUUGUAUGAUUCAAAAUUACUCCAAGGACAGCUUCUACAUUCUCAUAUUUAAGCUGUGCUUCAGUACUUUAAAAAGCUACGAUGUUGCGGACUCAUUUAAAACGUGGAACGGAAAAAUGGUUGCACUUGACAAACCUUCGGUGCAGAUCCAAGUCUGCUGCCGGAAAACAAUGCUGGAAAUGUAGCAGUUCAGAUAUUAACAAUACGUUUUUUUGUGCUUCGUGCGGUGUGUUACGCGAGUCGGCUGAAAAAGAAGACUACUUCGAACUAUUGAAACUGAAGAAAGAGUUCAACAUAGACACUUUGAAACUCGUACAGAACUAUCGCCAUAUCCAAAGUAUGAUACAUCCAGACAAGUUUGCUCAGAAAUCAGAGCAUGAAAAGGCAAUCGCAUUAGAAUGGAGCUCUUUAGUUAACAAAGCGUACAAAACACUUUCCAAGUCCAUUGAGAGGGGCAAAUAUUUACUAACGCUUAAUGGAGUAACUAUAUCUGAAGACAAUACAUCACUUGAUAAAGAAUUUCUCUUAGCAAUGAUGGAUUUAAAUGAAUCAGUGGAGGAUGCAGAAACUGCCGAUGAACUAAAAAAUAUAGCUUCAAAUGUAUCUGUAAAUAUUGAACAUCUGAAUUUAAAGCUAGUCCAACACUUUAAAGCCAAUGAUUUGGAUGGCGCUAAGGAAGCUAUCAUACGUUUAAAAUAUAUGAACAACAUUGAAAGGACCGUAAAAGAAAAGCUUUUACAUCUUAAUCUAAAGUAGUGAACAUCUAUUAUAAUAUGCAACGUGUAACUACGAUACACGUCAUGCUCAAUUGUGUGUUGGAUGGAAUAAACCACUUUAAUAUUUGUUGCAA